AUGGAAAAAUCCAAAAAUUUCCGCAUCGACGCGCUGCUGGCCGUGGACCCCCCGCGAGCGGCCUCGGCGCAAACCGCGCCGCUGGCCCUGGUCACGUCGCUCGCGGCCGCCGCAGCUGGACCCGGCGGCGGCGGUGGUGGCGGGGCGAGCGGCAGCUGCAGCCCGGCGUCCUCGGAGCCGCCCGCGGCGCCCGCCGACCGCCUGCGCGCAGAGAGUCCUUCGCCGCCGCGCCUGCUGGCCGCGCACUGCGCGCUGCUGCCCAAACCCGGCUUCUUGGGAGCGGGCGGCGCGGGCGGCGCAGCGGGCAGCGGGGCAGGCGGCGGGCCCGGGGGGCCCCACCACCACGCGCACCCCGGCGCCGCCGCCGCCGCCGCCGCUGCUGCCGCGGCCGCGGCCGCAGGGGGCCUGGCGCUGGGGCUGCACCCGGGGGGCGCGCAGGGCGGCGCGGGGCUCCCGGCGCAGGCGGCGCUCUACGGUCACCCAGUCUACGGCUACUCGGCGGCGGCGGCGGCCGCCGCGCUGGCCGGGCAGCACCCGGCGCUCUCCUACUCGUACCCGCAGGUGCAGGGCGCGCACCCCGCGCACCCCGCCGACCCCAUCAAGCUGGGCGCCGGCACCUUCCAGCUGGACCAGUGGCUGCGUGCGUCCACCGCGGGCAUGAUCCUGCCCAAGAUGCCGGACUUCAACUCCCAGGCGCAGUCCAACCUGCUGGGCAAGUGCCGUCGGCCCCGCACCGCCUUCACCAGCCAGCAGCUGCUGGAGCUGGAGCACCAGUUCAAGCUCAACAAGUACCUGUCGCGGCCCAAACGCUUCGAGGUGGCCACCUCACUGAUGCUCACUGAGACCCAGGUGAAGAUCUGGUUCCAGAACCGGCGGAUGAAGUGGAAGCGCAGCAAGAAGGCCAAAGAGCAGGCGGCGCAGGAGGCCGAGAAGCAGAAGGGCGGCGGCGGCGCGGGCAAAGGCGGCGGCGCCGAGGACCCGGGGGACGAGGAGCCGCUGGGGCCGCCGGCGCCCGGGGACAAGGGCGGCGCACGCCGCCUGCGGGACUUGAGGGACAGUGAGCCCGAGGACGACGAGGACGACGAGGACGAGGACCGCUUCCCCUACAGCAACGGCGCCGGCGUGCGCGCCGCCUCCUCCGACUGCUCCUCGGGGGCCGACUCCCCGCCCCCGCGGCCCGGCGGGCCCGGCUACCAGCCCCCGCCCCAGUAG